AUGGAUGAGAGGAACCGCAACAUUUCCAGCUCCUCCUUUGGCAAGUUGGUGGCUUUUACUCCUUCAGCCGAUGUCCCCGAUUCGUUGAAUCCCUUUUGGAUCGAUUCAAACACACCUACAAGAAGAAAUUCCAUCCGUUCUGCCAUUUCACGAUCCGACGACCAACAUGACUCUGCCGGCCACCGACUCGACGAAGAGGCUCAAUUGCCCAAGAACCACAAAGGCGCACACGCCUUUGAGCAUGCGCUUGACAUCUCAGACGAGAAGCCAUCAUCCUCAGCGGUAGACCCGUAUGAUCCCAACCGCCCCUCGCUCGGAUUCAAGCAACGUCUGCAUCACUUUACAUGGGCUUGGUACACUUGGCCCAUGAGCACAGGAGGCCUGGCCUUGCUCAUUGGCAACCAACUGAAAACUUUUCCCGGCCUCAACACUCUUGGCUUUGUUGUAUACUUUAUCAAUCUCGUCAUCUUUGCCACCGUCACAACCGGUCUUUCCCUUCGCUUCUGGCUUCACAGAGGCGACUUUUACCGUUCCAUUACCCAUCCCCGAGAGGGCUUCUUCGUACCGACUGCCUUUCUUGCCUUUGCCACCAUCAUCACAAGUACCCAUAAAUACUGGAUUCCCGACAACGAUGGAGCACUGUCCUGGGGCAUUCAAGGCGUAUUCUGGGGCUAUGUCUUGCUCACUCUUGCCCUUGCCGUCGCCCAGUACAGCUUUGUCUUUGCCUCACACAGUCAUAAACUACAGACCAUGAUGCCCACAUGGAUCCUCCCCAUUUUUCCCAUCAUGUUGUCGGGCACUAUUGCAUCUGUCAUUGCCAAAACCCAAGCCGAAAUCGCUAUUCUACCCGUUGUUGGUGCCGGUCUGACCUGUCAAGGACUUGGUCUAUCCGUCGCCAUGCUCAUGUAUGCACACAUGAUUGGACGACUUAUGCAGUCCGGUCUGCCCAACAGAGAACACCGUGCUGGUCUAUUCAUGUGUGUUGGCCCACCUGCCUUUACGGCCUUGGCCAUAAUUGGCAUGGCAAAUUCUCUGGAGCGAUCCACCGCCCUCGGUGGCAUGAUGCUUGACAAGGUUAUUCUCUACAACCUGGCCAUCAUCGGUGCAGUCUUCCUCUGGGCAUUAAGCCUAUGGUGGUUUGCCAUUGCGCUGGUCGCCGUCAUUCAGUCCCCUCCGCAGUAUUUUCACCUUGGUUUGUGGGCCGCCGUCUUCCCCAACACGGGCUUCACCCUGGCCUCUAUUUCCAUGGCCAGAGAAUUUGGCAGCGAGCCUCUCAUGUGGUGCACCACCGUCAUGAGUGUCAUUAUGGUCUGUGCCUAUUUGUUUGUUCUUUCUUUUCAGAUCCGCGCAGUCAUCGUUCAGGACAUCAUGUACCCUGGAAGGGACGAAGAUGUCGAAGAUCACUAG